UAUUUUUGGUCAGGUCUGGUGACGCUAGUGCGGUAGAAAUGACAUAACUCACCUUUAAUACGAAAGUUACAUUUUUUAUGGUUCUUAAUUCAUAAUGACACGUUGAUCUGUAGCUAUGUUGUGUAUUUAUUUAUUUGUUUGUUUGUUUGUACGAAUGCACAUUUCAUUCUUUUUUUGUCAGUUCGUCGGUCUCCACCCUUCUCUUCUUUAUUAUCUGUUUCAGGUUUCAGCUCCACCUGUCCGGGGAGAGCGCGGGUGUGUUUCUACACCUCCUGAGUUCCCUACCUAGUACGCAAAAUAUAGGGGGGGCGUCAAAGGCGUGAGCAGUAUUCCCGUGCUGUCUAUGUAGGCAGCGCAGCGGGAUUUGAGUCGCGGCCUGUUAGGUGAGUCGCGGUGAGGUUCAUCAUGGCGGCGGAGUUUCGCUCUCUGGCGAUGAAACACCGUCAACAGUCACGAAUGAGCUCAUAAUAUUGUACUAAAACGGCUUCAGAUCGAUUUUAAAGCAGUUCACUUUCAGACUCAUUAUUCUCUGAAGGACGUUGGUUGUAUUAUAUUUCGUGUAGUCGUGAAUCUUGAUGGAUGUAACGUUACAUUAGCGCGGUGACUCUCCGCGUUAUUUCUCUCAUUUACAUCAUUUAGUUUCUCAUCGGGUUGGUUUGACGGAUCUAAGGUGGAAAUGUGCUUCAGGUAGUUAUCAUUUGCGGUGUUCCUCAGGGCUCUGUCAGCAGCCCGUCCGCAUUCAGCAUGUCCUCCACGGCCAUCCCCAAACCUUCUCCUGCGCUCUCAGGCCUGGACAAUCUCUCCAUAUCGUCUCUGCUGUCUGGAGAUCUGGAUGAGGAUGGCGAGAGAGCAGACGAGGAUCUGGCCGAUCUGGAGGUGAACCCCUACGAUGGGCUGCCGUAUUCCUCGCGCUACUACAGUCUGCUGGAGGAGCGGAAGCAGCUGCCCGUGUGGAGUCUGAGGCUCAGUCUGCUAGAGCACAUGGAGUCGCACAGCAUGAUCGUCCUGAGCGCAGACGGAGGAACGGGGAAGAGCACGCAGGUUCCUCAGUGGUGUGUGGAGUUCGCUCUGUCUCAUGAGUUCUCUCAUGGUCUGGUGUGCUGCUCUCAGCCGUAUGCGGCGGCCGCCUGCAAUCUGGCGCUCAGAGUUGCUGAUGAGAUGGACUUGAGUCUGGGGUUAGAGGUGGGCUACAGGGUCCCACACGAAGACGGCUGCACGCCAGACACCAUACUUCGGUUUGUCACAGACUCUCUCCUGCUGGAGGAAAUGAUGUCAGACCCUCUGCUGCGGCAGUACAGGGUUCUGGUCAUCGAUGAGACUCAGGAGCGCACAGUGGCGACGGAUGUGCUGCUGGGGCUGCUGCGUGAUGUGUGCCGCCAGCGUGCCGAGCUCAAGGUGGUGGUGCUCACCGCGCCUGCUGUCGCUCACGCAUUCGCCAGCUUCCUGGGAGAGAGCAUUCCUCACCUCAGCGUUCCCUCACAAGCCAACACCGCCGAAAUACUGUACCGAGAGCUGCCAGCAGGACGCGACCUGGCCGCGGCUUCCUGUCACAUGAUCCUGGAUCUACACCGCAGGGGAGAGGAAGGAGACAUACUGGUGUUUCUCCCUAGUGUGCAGGAGAUUCAGGAGUGUCAUGUGGCGCUGGAGAAGGAGUGUGUGUCUCUCAGCGCUCAUCUGCUGUCUCUGCGUGUGAUCGAACUGCACGUCGGCGUCGGAGGAUCAUUGCAGCAGCUUUAUGACACUGAGAGCACCGACAACAAGGAGCAGGACGAGCCUCCAGACGCUCAGGAGACUCCGGCCCAGAGACGCAGAGUAGUCCUCACCGACGUCUUAGGAGAGGCCUCGUUCUCCCUCAACAACAUCCGAUACGUCAUCGACAGCGGCGUCCAGCUGAAGACCAUCUACAACCCACAGAUCCGAGCAGAUUCACAGCUUCAGCAGCCCAUCAGCAAACAGCAGGCUGACACCCGUGCACGAAGGGUCAACAGCACGCUGCCCGGUGUGUGUUUUCGACUGUACUCUCAGUUGAUGUAUGAGGACGAGAUGCCUGCGUUUCGCUGUCCAGCGGUGACGGAAGCAAACCUCAGUCAUCUGGUGCUGCUCCUCAAAAGGCUAGAUAUUGCAGACAUGGGCCAGUGCAAGUUCCUGGACCGGCCAGCUCCAGAAACACUAAUGCAGGCUCUGGAGGAUCUUGAUUAUCUGGCGGCUCUCGAUGACGACGGGAAUCUGUCAGAGGUAGGAAUCAUCAUGUCUGAACUUCCUCUGGAGCCACCGCUAGCCAAAGCUCUGAUCGCGUCCUGUGAGUUUGACUGCGUGAAUGAGCUGCUGACCAUCGCUGCCAUGCUGACUGCUCCGCCAUGCUUCGUAACACCACCGGUUAAUAAAGCAGAGGCGGCAGCGACGCAUAGACGACCCCUGCUGCAUCCAGAUGGAGAUCACAUGACCCUCAUCAAUGUCUAUAACGCCUAUCUGCAGCAUAAUGAAGACGAGGCAUGGUGCAGAACAAACUUCUUGAAUGCCUCUGCUUUACGAUUGGCUGUGGUGAUCAGGGCGGAGCUACUGGAGGUGAUGCAGCGAAUCGAGUUGCCUGUCUCUCCUCCCGCCUUCGGUUGCCAGGACAACAGCACCAAUAUAAAGAGAGCUUUGAUUUCAGGCUUCUUCCUGAAGGUUGCUCAUGAUGUUGAUGGCUCAGGGAACUAUUUGCUGCUCACGCACCGGCACGUGGCUCACCUCCACCCUUUUUCAUCGUACUGCUGCCGCCGACCGCAGCCCAACCCGCCUAGCUGGGUGCUUUACCACGACUUCACCAUCUCACACGACAACUGCAUCUGCAUCGUAUCUGAGAUUCACCCACAAAUGUUGGUGGAGCUGGCACCUCAGUACUAUCUAGGUAACCUUCCAGCCAGUGAAGGCCGAGAUCUGCUGAUGGGCCUCAGACAGAGUUUAUUUCCACCAGAAGAGCAGGACACAAACCCUCAGGACCAAAGCCAUGAAGAAGCAAGCGGUCAGUACAGUGCAGAGACGUGCAGCAUACAGUAGUUGAAACAUUCACUGCACACAAAUUCAAACCAGCAGCAGCAGCGGCGGUGCAGUAAACACCUCCAGACGACUGUGAUCUCUCAUUGAUCUCACAUGAGAUCUCAUCAGGCUCAGAUUUACUAUUUCUGUAACUGGACUUGUUAUAAAACAUAUAUUUAUAUAUAUUUUUAAUAGUAAAUAAAGACUUCUUUCUGGAUGAAGUAAGGGAACGGAGUCCAGCAAACGCCAACCAGAUGAAGCUCAAAUCAGGUCCACUCACAUGAUGAAGACUCCAGUCACAUCAGUAAUAAAUACUCGUCUAUCAUUGGACAAUUUCUUUUGCAGAAUAAAUGAAUUGUUGCUUUCUGAGAAGCUUACUUCCACCAUGAAAUAAUUUUUUUUUUUAAAUUAUUAGUAAAAAAAAAAAAAAAGUCAGAAUCUGAGUUGUAAACUCAGAAUUGACAUCAAACUCAAUAAAAUUCAAAAAUUCUAAACUUAAAUUUAAAAUCUAACAGUUGCAAAAUAUAAACUUGCAAUUCUUAGAAAAAAGUGAGAUAUAAACUCUCAGUUGUGAGGAAAAAAAGUCUGAAUUGCGAGAUGCAAAGUCAGAAUUAUGGGGGAAAAAAGAACUGUGAGAUACAAAUCAUGAGAAAAAAAAAUUAUUGUGAGAUGUAAACUCAACAAUGAAAUCAGAAUUACGCAUUUAUAACUCACAAUUGUGAGAUAUAAACAUGCAAUCUUAAAAAAAAAAAAAAGUGAGAUGUGAACUCUACAAAUUAAGAUAUUGUGAGAUGCGAUCUCACAAUUGUGAGGGGGGAAAGUCAGAUUUGUGGGAACUAAGUUGCAAUAACCUUUUUUAGUCUACUCAGUGACGGAAAUAAGCUUUCAUAGAAUAGAGCAUUUCUACAGCGGUAUCAGCAGAAACAUUUACUUUUACAUAAUUCUGCACCUGAAGCAUUUUUUUAGACACGUCCGGGCAAGGUGUGGCUGUGUUUGCUCACACACCUGCAUCCUGUAAAGACAGAGCGGAAUCACAAUGUGACAUUUAACAUUGUCGUCCAGAAGCUCUUCUAUUUUAGAUUUGUGUUGUGCUCUUAUAAACAGUUGCACCUCUUCUUCACGUUUCGUUUCCCAUUCACAUUUUAUUAGCAUUUUCUGUUUUGUGUAUUCGUCUGAAUACACUUUCUCCUCCUCCUUUAAAUGGUCACUCAAUAACUGACAUCCUCACUACGACAUGCACUAGACAUCAUCGGCUUCAGCUCAUUCGCACAGACGAUGUUACUAGUCUGACACUGGGAUAUGUGUUUACAAUGGUUUUCCAGCAGCAAAGCACAACAGUGUGAGCUUGUUUAAGCCUGUUCACACUUAUAACUUAGCAUCCACACCAGCACAAGAUAACACUCUGUUUAUGCCAAGGUUCUGUCAAAGUUACAAACGUUCUUCCUGUAAUGAUAAUAAAAUGUUUGUUCAAAGUUAGCUGGCCUGUAAUAAUAUUCUCAAAACGUUAAUACAAAAACGUUAAACAGCGUUCACACUGAAAUGCUUUCGUUUGACGUUCAUCUGUUUUAGAAAUGUUACUACUUGUUUCAGAACACUCAAAAGUAACAUUGUGUUUGCAAAAAUGAUAAAAUGCAUUGUUCACAUAACCAUUUUAAAAAACUGGAUUGAACAUUUUCAUAACUUAAUGGGAAUGUUAUCAAAACAUUCAGAACAUUUUUGUUAGCUGGGUUAGAGAUUGAAUCAUUGAAUUGUUGUUCUGGACAUUUGCUUUGUUCCAACACUGAAGUUUUGAUUUGUUUUUGUUGGUUUGACAAAUAAACUUCAUCAUUGUUCUUGAUUCUUUUGUGCUGUGACACUGAGCACGAGUGGAGCUGAUGUCAGAUCGUCAUUGAUCAACACUGUGGAUGUUCAGGGUUCAGUUUGUGUGAAUCCUCUGAUUGUAUUUUGUGGUUCUAGAGCUUGUCUCUGUUUACUCCUUGUAGUUUGUUUUUGUAUUUUUCUAAAUGCACCAUCUUUCUCUCUUACGUGUGUGAACUUAAGUGUGCAAAUGUGAAAAUUUGAACACUAAUUAAAAGUUGUGGAGUAUUUUA